CACUCCACACCCCCCCGACCCGACUCGCCUUUCGCAACAAACCCCCCGUCAGUCUCUCCCAGAGAGGACAUUCCCAUCCUGCCUCAUCUUCUUCUUCACGUCUUGUCUGCCUCAUCCUUUUUUUCCCACCUCAACCAUCACUUCGCACACUCCUUGCGAGCUCCUUUCCCUUUCACCUCGCUCCGUCUCGCCAGACAUCCAAUCCUCUCCUCCCAAUCACUCCCCCAAUCCAUCCCAUUUUCAAUCCCUCAUCGAUCGAUCAGACAAACAAGAACUACCUUCCUUGAACCAAAAGCAACCACGUCCACAAAUCCAAAAGACCAACCAAGAGCCCAAAACCACAUCCAUCCCAGUUCUCCACUGUCUUUAGUCCGCAAACUACAUACGUCAAUACCUUACGUGCCACAUCAUCCCACAAAGCUUCAUCGACGCCUACGCCGACUACUCGGUAUCCGACGCUAUCAAUCCUACCCCCAUCCGUCCUUUAUACCAACGACGCACUUGACGUGCAUUACAAUAUACAAAAAAAAGAAGCCAAUCUUUCAUCUGCGUGACUGCCCAUCAUGGAGCAGCAGCAGCAACAACAGCAGCAGCAGCCGCCGCAGCAGCCAACCGGCGGCGUCCCAGGCCCAACCGGCCGACGGCUUCACAUUGCGCACAGGAGAAGCCCUUCCGAGCUGACUCCGUUGAUGAGCAUGUUUGCCAACCCGGGUAUGGAACAGCUAGCUAUUCAGCAGCAGAUUGAGCUUUUGCAGCAACAGCAGCAACAGAUCCAAGCUACGCAGCAACAAUACAUGAACAUGGGAAUGAUGCCCCCCACCCAACAGCUCGGCCCAGGCGGUGCUUUCAAUCCCCUGCAGCCCGGCAUGGCUCCCCAGGGCGCCUUCCAAUUCCCCCAGCAGAUUCCGCAGCAGAAUGUCUCCAUGGGCGGUCCUCCGACCCAGCCAAUGUCACAUCGCCGUAAUCAGUCGGCACUCCCCAACAUGGGAAUGGGUCCUCCUCCCGCCCCCUCCUCUGGUGCAUCCGGCACGAACUUCAAUGAUGCCUCCGGCGCCGGUCCCGGCAGGGAAAACUCCGGUGGCCGUGGCGGUCGUGGUGGUGGUGCCGGCGGCGGUGGACACCAGCGACGUCACUCUUUGGCGCUUGCCGACGCGAAGAAGGCGGCAGAAAUCGCACAGCAGAAGCGCACGACAUCCGGCUUCUCCUUCCCAAUGUCCCCCUCCACCGAGGCCAGCGCCGAGGGUGGUGCCUCCGCCCCCGCCCCCGCUCCGACUCAACCCGAGGCUCCGAUUGCUCAGGGCACCAGUGCCGGCCGUGGGCGCGGUGGCCAUGGUCGCAGCCAGAGUAUGGCUGUGAACGGUCGCGGCGGUGCCGCUGGUCGCGGUGGCUUCUCUGGUGAUGCUAGCCAGAACGACUUUGGUCGUCGCGGCAGCCAGACUGGCGGCGGUGGCCACGCCAGAACCGGCUCUCGCAACUUUGACGGAAACUGGCGCAACCAGGGCGCUAACCAGGGCCAGGAGCAGGGUGGCUUCCAGCCGGGCCACCGCACUCGUGGUUCUGUAAACCAGUCCAUCUCCAACAUCGGCGCAUUCCAAUACCCCGGUCAGCCUCAGCUCAUGCAGAUGCCUGGCAACAUGCUCCCCAUGGGCAUGUACCCGGGUCAGCAACUGAACCCCAUGCAGAUCCAGCAACUUCAGGCCCUUCAGGCUGCCCAGAUGGGCGGUCAGCAAUUCGUUGGCCUUCAGGGCGGCCAGCAUGGUGGCCAGCUUGGUGGAAACCAGCAGCAGCAACAGCAGAGGAAGACUCUUUUCACUCCUUACCUUCCCCAAGCCACCCUCCCGGCUCUUCUCGGCGAUGGGCAGCUCGUGUCUGGUAUUCUUCGCGUGAACAAGAAGAACCGCAGCGACGCCUACGUUUCCACACAGGACGGCUUGCUUGAUGCUGAUAUCUUUAUUUGCGGUAGCAAGGAUCGCAACCGUGCCCUCGAGGGUGACUUGGUGGCCGUUGAGCUUUUGGAUGUUGAUGAAGUUUGGUCCCAGAAGCGUGAGAAGGAAGAGAAGAAGAAGCGCAAGGACAUCACCGACACCCGUUCUGGAUCCACCAACGGACAGAACCAGUCAUCCGGUAACAACGAUGACAACACGCAGCAGGAGGGCGGCAUUCGCCGUCGCGGCAGUCUGCGCCAGCGCCCCACUCAGAAGAAGAACGACGAUGUCGAGGUUGAGGGUCAAAGCCUGCUUCUCGUCGAGGAGGAGGAAAUCAACGAUGAGGCCAAGCCCCUGUACGCAGGUCACAUUGUGGCUGUCGUUGAACGUGUAGCUGGUCAGAUGUUCUCGGGUAACCUCGGUCUGCUCCGUCCCAGCAGCCAGGCUACGAAGGAGAAACAAGAAGCGGAGAGAGCCGCCAGAGAUGGAGGCAACAACCGCCAUCACGACAACCGUUCGCAGGAGAAGCCCAAGAUUGUUUGGUUCAAGCCUACCGACAAGCGCGUGCCGCUCAUUGCCAUUCCGACUGAGCAGGCGCCGCGCGAUUUCGUCGAGAAGCACCAGGAUUACGCUGAUCGCAUCUUUGUUGCCUGCAUUAAGCGUUGGCCGAUCACCUCUCUGCAUCCCUUCGGCACCCUUGUCGAGCAGUUGGGCCGCAUGGGCGACCUUAAGGUGGAGACCGACGCUCUGCUGCGCGACAACAACUUUUCUUCCGAUGAGUUCUCCGAGGCUGUGCUGCGCAGCGUCGGUCUUCAAGACUGGUCUCUCGCCAAGGAAGAGGAGGCUUCCUUGGCUGCUCGCCGGGACUUCCGUGAUGAGAAGGUUGUUACGCUCGACCUCAACGGUUCUCCCGAGCUUGCCAAUGCCAUCCACAUCAAGACUCAGCCUGAUGGCAAGAUUGAUAUUGGUAUUCACAUUCCUGAUGUUACUCACUUCGUCAAGCCCAACUCGCUUGUCGACCGCGAAGCCAAGAAGCGCGGCACCGCCGUUCACUUGGUCAACCGCACUUGCGCACUCCUUCCUCCCAAGAUUGGUGGAGAGGUGUGCUCUUUGGCUCCUGGUGAAGAGCGUCUGGCUGUCAGUGUUCUCUUCCGUGUUAACCCCCACAACGGCUCUGUUGCGGAGGGAGACACUUGGAUCGGCAAGAGUAUCAUCAAGAGCACUGCCAAGAUCACUAUUGAGGAGAUCGACUCGGCUCUGAACGGCCAGGCCGAUUGGAAGCACGAGUCUCUUCAACUGAAGGAUGUCCAGAUCCUCAACGCUGUCGCUCAAAAGUUCACCGAGGCCCGUCUUGGUGCUGGCGGUGAGCCUAUCGCGCCCCUCAGGCUUCUGCAGCAGCUCGAUGAUGAGAACAUUCCCAUCAAGCACAACAUCUUCGAUUCUACCCCUGCCACUGAGCUCGUCGAGGAGCUCAUGCACAAGGCCAACACUUACGUUGCCCAGCGUCUCGCCCAGGCUCUGCCUGAGAAGGCUCUUCUGCGCCGACAGGGCCCCCCCAAUGCUCGUCGCCUUCAGACCUUCGCCGAUCGCAUGAACGCCCUUGGCUACGAGGUUGAGACUUCUGGCAGCGGAAGCAUGCACAACAGCCUUUUCAAGGUUGACGACGCCGAUAUCCGCAAGGGAAUGGAGACGCUUGUCCUCAAGUCUAUGCAACGUGCCAAGUACUUCAUUGCCGGCAAGACUGCGAAGCAGUUGUGGCCUCACUAUGCCCUCAACUUGCCUCUUUACACUCAUUUCACUAGCCCCACGCGGCGCUACGCUGACAUCAUCGUCCACCGUCAGCUCGAGUCUAUUCUCUCCGAGGGUAAGAUUGAGUACACGGAGGAAUUGGAGAGCCUUGUCAAGACCAUUGAGUCUUGCAACACCAAGAAGGACUCCGCACAGAAUGCCCAGGAGCAGAGCAUUCACAUUGAGUCCUGCCGUGAGAUGGACAAGAAGCGCCAGCAGGUCAACGGCGAUCUCAUCACGGAGGGUAUCGUCCUCUGCGUGUACGAGUCGGCCUUUGACGUUCUCAUUCCCGAGUGGGGCUUUGAGAAGCGGGUGCACUGCGACCAGUUGCCCCUCAAGAAGGCCGAGUUUAGGAAGGAGAAGAGAGUCCUUGAGCUCUACUGGGAGAAGGGCGUGCCCAGCUCCGCCUACGUACCGGAGGACGAGCGCCCUAAGGCUGCUGCGUCUGUAAGAAACGCCAACGCUGCUGCUGCUGCUCGCCAAGCGGAAGCUGCAGAGCGUGCCAAGAAGGAGAGAGAGGAGACUGCGCGCAAGCAGACCGAGACGGGCACCAUCUCCACUGAUGACGUCGAUGCCCUCUUCGACGACGAUGAUGACAAUGCGUCGGAUGUUACUGAGGCCAUGGCCGGAGCUUCGUUGGCCGAGAGACCCACACAGAGCGUCCCCGGCUCCCCGACCCGAUCCGAUGCCAAGCCCUUGCAACGCACCAGGUCCGACUCCAAGGUUCCCGCGCCCGAGGCCCCCGAGGCCCGCCUGUCGAACAAGGAGAAGUACCUUAAGCUUUUCAAGCUGCGUGAGGAGGGAGGAGAGUACAUUCAGGACGUCACGGAGAUGAGCAGGGUUCCUGUGAUUCUCAAGACGGAUCUGUCCAAGAGCCCACCUUGCUUGACCAUUCGGUCUUUGAACCCCUAUGCUCUGUAAAAAGGAGUUGUCUUGACAUGACCUGUCCCGUGUGGGGACACGGUGUGAUGAUCGUUUCCAAGAGACUGGCGGGCACAUUGUGCCUUGUCAUCGACUAAGAUGCAUCAUGAGUGGUGUAGAAAAAGUUUGGGUGAGAAGAGGGAUGAUACAUUGCGAUUGGGAAGGGAGUAAUAGCCAGUAUAUCUUCGUCCCUGGAUGAGUCAUAUAGCAAGAUAGGCCUGAAGUCUGAAGUCGAGAGGAUGGCGGUGGAUGAAAUAGUAGAGAUAGCGCCCAUGAGUUAGUCAAAAUGGUACAACCAAUUGCACACACUAUAACGCGCAACCAGUGUCUUGAAGACUGAAGGAUCGCCCAGACACUUUUGAAAGCUGCGAGUGGCCAACCAGGCUUGUAGAGAGGCAUGGCGUCUGCAGACUGCGAGAUUAUACGUCUUCCACGCGGAGCGAGCAGGGCUACCCUUGCGCCGCGUUGCAGAGUCAGCGGGUUGGACUCCUGUGGUGCGUGGGUUCCAGGGGGGAG